AUGUUUAUCGCGCCUCAUAUAUACACUAGCUCACCACCAUGGGUUCGCACUCCACAGGGCAAAGUCGCCGAGCUCCGGCAGGAACUGAACAGCGGCGGCAAGAAAGACAAGAAUUACUCGGCCAAGAAGAUCGCGUUGAAGAAGAUCGUCGCCAACAUGACCAUGAGUAACAACGACAUGAUUGCUUUGUUUCCGGACAUCAUCGACUGUAUGAAUUUGCCGAGUUUGGAGAUCAAGAAGAUGUGCUUUCUGUUCCUUGUCAACUACUCGAGGAUGAAGCCUGAGAUUGCACUAAAGGCACUUCCGAUAUUGGUCAAUGAUAUGGAAGCGACGAAUCCUCUAGUCCGCGCAUUGGCGCUUCGAACAAUUGCGUACAUUCACGUCCGAGAGUAUGUCGAGGCCACCGUCCAGCCGCUGAAGAGUUUGAUGGGGGAUCUGGACCCGUACGUCCGCAAGACCGCCGCUUUCUGCGUCGCCAAACUUUACGAGCACGAUAGGAAGAUGGUGGAGGCAUCCGAUUUAAUCGACCGACUGAAUGCGAUGCUGAAGGAUGAAAACCCGACGGUCGUAUCUAGCGUCCUGGCUUCAUUGGUGGACAUCUGGGGUCGGAGUGAAACGAUAUCCUUGACGAUCGAUUAUUCGAGUGCGUCGAAACUGGUUUCCAUCCUACCAGACUGCUCAGAAUGGGGCCAAUCCUACAUUCUAGAAGCGCUUAUGUCCUAUGUUCCACAAGAUUCCGCUGAAGCCCUCCUAUUAGCGGAACGUAUAGCUCCUCGACUCUCCCACCAGAACUCCGCCGUCGUCCUCACCUCUAUCCGUGUCAUCCUCUACCUCAUGAACUACAUUGGCGAAGAGCGGCAUCUCACAUCACUUUCCAAGAAGCUAUCACCACCUCUCGUGACACUUCUGUCAAAACCGCCAGAGGUGCAAUAUCUUGUCCUCCGUAACGCAAUUCUUAUCCUACAGAAGCGGCCGGAAGUUCUGCGAAAUGAUAUUCGCGUCUUUUUCUGCAACUACAAUGACCCCAUCUACGUCAAGGUCACGAAGCUCGAGUUGAUCUUCAUGUUGACCACCAAGGAAAACAUCUCGGUUGUGCUGGCAGAACUGAGAGAAUACGCAACCGAGAUCGAUGUCCACUUUGUCCGCAAGGCCGUCCGGGCAAUUGGGAAACUCGCCAUCAAGAUCGAGUCGGCGGCUAAGCAGUGUAUUGAUUGCCUUUUGGACUUGGUAAACGCCAAAAUUCCAUAUAUCGUGCAGGAGGCAACCGUCGUGAUCCGGAAUAUCUUCCGCAAAUACCCCAACCAGUACGAAAGCAUUAUUGGCCAGGUUAUCCAGAACAUCGACGACCUGGACGAGCCAGAAGCCAAGGCCGCCGUCAUCUGGAUCAUCGGCCAGUAUGCUGACCGCAUCGAGAACUCGGCCGACCUCCUGCAAGACUAUCUUGCCACCUUCCACGACGAGACGAUUGAAGUGCAGCUCGCACUCUUGACAGCAACCGUGAAGCUGUUUAUCCAGCGCCCAACAAAGGGCCAGCAGCUCGUCCCGCAAGUGCUCAAGUGGUGCACCGAGGAAACAGACGACCCGGAUCUCCGCGACCGAGGAUACAUGUACUGGCGUCUUCUGUCGUCAGACCCAACGACGGCCCGCCAAGUCGUCAUGGGCCAGAAACCACCUAUCUCCGCCGAGAGCGAAAAGCUCGACGACCGCACCCUUGAAGAACUUUGCCUUAAUGUCGGCACUCUCGCAACAGUCUACCUCAAGCCAGUCCAGCAGGUAUUUAGGUCCGCACGCACCCGCCGUCUCCAGUACAGUCCGGCACUCCAGAAACCCGUCGAAGACUACAGCUCGAGCAACUGGCAGUUUCAAACUCCGCCUGCAGGUCCGAACCCCGUUACAUCGCCCACUGCCGCAUCGGCAGCGGCAGUCAAUGGAUCCGCUACGACUGCAGCAGGAAACACGAGCGCCGCGGUCAACGCCGCAGAUAACUACUUCAACAGCGUCGCUGUAGGAACGCAGCAAAUGGCCGCGUUGGAUUUGGGCGGGCGCGAAGACGGCGGGUUUGGAGGCGGUGGUGCGCUUCAAACGCAGUAUGUUGUCAAUCAGAGCCAGCAGCAGGCAUAUCAACCGCAUCUGGCGGGUGGAGCGGCCACGGGGGAGCUUCUGUUGCUGUGA